AUGUCUAAACAUAUGCAAAAGGACUAUAAGAACUUUGACAAAAUACUUUAUAAAAUUUUAUAUCAAACAUUAGCUGUACUUAGAUCACUUAAUAAUGCAAUUAAAAUGGCUUAUGAAACAAGGCUAACAUUAGACAAAAAAGAGGCUAGUAAACACAGACAAGAUAUUGCUAUCAAAGCAAUUUAUCCAAAUUACCAACUAAGAUCAGAAGUAGAACUCUUGUUUGGAAAAAAGUUGGAAACAAUCAUUACUAAGGAGAAUGAAAAGAACAAAUUUUCCAAUGAUGCCAUAUGGCAAAAACAACAUUCUCAAAAACUUAGCAAUA